CAGAUCAUCGUCUCCUCCGUCUUCUCUGUAAUUGGAUCCCAAGCGGACAUUCCAACACAAGAAUGGUUGUAACCACCAGAUCACAAGCUAAGAAAGCUGACAAGUAGGGCGCAUCAGAAUCAAAGUCUGAAUCUGGAGAGAUCAACGAGAAAACCUGGCGAGAUUGGAUGACGAACAGGGUUGUAAUGGAUAAGGCCAGGGAACUGUGGCUCAAAGAAAUAUUUCGCAAAAAACUAUGUGCGGAGAAUCCAGCCUUGUCAGGAUCAAAUAGGCUCAGGUACGUUGCCAAAAGAGAAUGGGAUUCCGUCACGGAUACGAGAGCACUAUCUACUAGGAAAGUUGCGAGGAAAACAAGCAAACACACAAGAGAGUCGGUAUACAGUCAUGCUUGUCUCAGUUUCAGGGAUGACUACUAUGAUAAUUACUUUAUGACGCAUCCAGACGAUUACAUACUAACACCGGAGGGCGGAGGUCAUGAGGGCUGCAGACAGAGCAUGGCCUUCUUUGGCUCAUGGGGUCAAAGCUGCAUAUUUUCUUGAGGCCAAGAAAAGACUGGCUGAUAGUGAUGAAGUUUGCUAUUAUAUUCAGCACAACCAGGCCUAUAUGGAUCAAUUGUAUACUUACAUGCUUUAGUUGUCAAAAAGAGGUCCUCAUUGGUUCAAUUUCAUAAUAUAUAAAAAUUAACCAAACAUUUUUCUUAGCACAGAAGCUCACCCCCGUCUUUUGUUCAUGUUCUAGUAUGUCAGUACUCAAUUAAAGAGUGGAUUUUUAU